GGCCAGUUAGUCCGCCCGCGUCCCUCAUCCCGACAUUGUCUACCUGCUUUGGACGUGAGGAAACUUGUGUACGCGAGUGUGUCGCUCGCUCUCCCGAGGUCAGCCCGAGGUCAGCCCAGGUCAGCCCGAGGUCAUGAGAGGUGUGAGGGGAAAAGGUGCAGGGCUCUGGAGGAUGGUGAGCGUGGUGGGGUUGGUCAUGAUGGUCACCUUCAGCGUCACUCUCGCCGCCCCGGGAGGCCUCCACGUCAGCUAUGAUGGGUGGCAGGUGCUGGAGGUGGACCUCAAGGGGAGGUCGGAGGAGGUCAACCUCCUGGAGUUCGACGACACCUUCAACGUACAACUCCUGAGGCAGCACAAUCGUAAAGGUGUGGCAGAGCUGGCAGUAUCACCGAAAGGGUUCGAAGACGUCACCCAACAUCUUCAGAACAUCAACAUUACCUUCAGGACAGCUGUCGAAGACCUCGGCAGGGAGCUGGAGUCAGACGGAUACUCCCUAAGAGCCGAGCCCGUCACCCCCGGAACCGUCACCUUCGAGCGUUACAUGAGCUACGAGGAGAUCGUAGCCCAUGUGGAGGAGCUGCCAAGUCUUCAUCCCGAACUGGUCACCUUGAAGCAGGUAGGGAGGAGUGUGGAAGGUCGUCCUCUCUAUCUCCUUACCAUCACCUCCUCCUCCAACAACAACAACAACAAACCAAUUGUCUUCAUCGACGGAGGUAUCCACGCCCGUGAGUGGAUCAGUCCGUCGGCGGCGCUGAACGUGGUGGGCCGCCUGCUGGAGAAUCCGGCGCUUACCCGUGACGUGGAGUGGCGGGUCAUGCCUCUACUCAACCCCGACGGGUACAUCCACACCUGGACCAAGGAUCGCCUCUGGAGGAAGAAUCGGGCGCAGACAUCCUCCGCCAAGUGCCCCGGUGUCGACCUCAACAGGAACUUCGACUUCCACUGGGGAGAGACGGGCACCAGCAGCAAACCCUGUUCCAGUAUCUACAAGGGACCCGGGCCCUUCAGCGAACCUGAGGCCAGGGCCCUUAGGGACACCCUCCUGCAGGACAAGAGUCGCACACAGGCUUACGUCAGCAUUCACUCGUACGGGCAGUUCAUCCUCCACCCCUGGGGAUACACUUCCUCCGUCAUCAGAAGCAACGCCGACAGGCUCGGGAAUGUUGGACGAGGCAUGGCGCAGGCCAUCCUGGAGGGCGAGGGUGUCUCCUACUCCGUCGGCAGUCCAGGACAGAUCCUUUACCCGGCGGCCGGGGCCUCCGACGACUUCGCAGCGGGAGUGGGCGACAUACCGCUCGUCUACACCAUCGAACUCAGAGACGAAGGACGCGCCGGGUUCAUCUUGCCGUCGGAACUUAUCCAACCCACUGUCAACGAUGCGUGGUUGGCCAUAAAGUACCUUGGACACCAGGUCAUCCAGUAUGGCACAAGGGAGAGCAUAAAUGGCCUGAUCGUCGUAACAGGAGCUUCCGUGGACUCAGAGACCACAACAGUGGAGGCGGAGGUUGAGUCGACUGUUCUUCCAGUUGAGUUUGACAAUUCGGAUCCAGAGGCAGUGAUACGGGUGAAUAUCGCCCCUGUUGAACCACAGGACACAACAGAAGAGGUGUUACCUGAUACUGUCACUUCUGUUCAGUUAGACGGCACAACAGAAGAGUCAGUGCUGUCUGAAACUGUGGCCACCACCGUACGAGAAGACACAAUAGAUGAGGCACUGGAUUCUGUCACUGUCGCCUCUGCUGAUACAGCAAAUGCAGGUAUAACGGUGGUAGAACGACAUGACGAAUUAACAACAGAAGCGGUGUUACCUAACACUGUUCCUCCUGCUGGAGUAGAUGUUGCGACUUCUGUUUUGUCCGACACCUUUGUCCUCACUGAACCAGAUAUUGUGAUUGGUGUUUUGUCCAACUCUGAUGUUCCUGGCGGACAAGAUAUCGCAACUGCUAUUUUGUCUGACGCCGAAGUUCCUAUUGAACAAGAUGUCGCAAUUGUUGUUUUGUCUGACACCGUUAACCCCAUUAAACCGGACAUCUCGACAGCUGUGUUGACUGACGCCAUUAACCCCGCUAAACCGGACAUCUCGACGGCUGUGUUGACUGACGCCAUUAACCCCGAUAAACCUGACAUCUUGACGGCUGUGUUGACUGACGCCAUUAACCCCGAUAAACCGGACAUCUCGACGGCUGUGUUGACUGACGCCAUUAACCCCGAUAAACCGGACAUCUCGACGGCUGUCUUGACUGACACCAUUAACCCCGCUAAACCGGAUAUCUUGACGGCUGUGUUGACUGACACCAUUAACCCCGAUAAACCGGACAUCUCGACGGCUGUGUUGACUGACGCCAUUAACCCCGCUAAACCGGACAUCUCGACGGCUGUGUUGACUGACACCAUUAACCCCGUUAAACCAGACAUCUCGACGGCUGUGUUGAAUGACGCCAUUAACCCCGAUAAACCGGACAUCUCGACGGCUGUCUUGACUGACACCAUUAACCCCGAUAAACCGGACAUCUCGACGGCUGUCUUGACUGACACCAUUAACCCCGACAAACCGGACAUCUCGACGGCUGUGUUGGCUGACACCAUUAACCCCGAUAAACCUGACAUCUUGACGGCUGUGUUGACUGACGCCAUUAACCCCGCUAAACCGGACAUCUCGACGGCUGUGUUGACUGACACCAUUAACCCCGAUAAACCGGACAUCUCGACGGCUGUUUUGACUGACGCCAUUAACCCCGCUAAACCGGACAUCUCGACGGCUGUCUUGGCUGACACCAUUAACCCCGCUAAACCAGACAUCUUAACUGGGGAGACUGUGGUGGAUGAAGGUUACGGGUUCUAUCCCAAGGUGCGAAUUCAGAAGCCCGAAGAGGUCCCUGCUGGCACCCAGCCCGAGCUCUCUGACACGCAGGAGGACGAGGUCAUCACUACAUACACGCGGGUCUCUAGUGUCUCUGAUGAAGGGGUCAACAAACGGGGAGAUGACCACACCACCGUGGGAGAAAACGUAGAGCAUCACAGAAAUGUGUACUCCUAUAGCAGUGAGCAUAGCAAGCACAGGGAUGAGGACAGUGAUGAGCACAGACGCCACAGCGAUGAGCACAGACACAGCGAUGAGCACAGACACCACAGCGAUGAGCACAGACACCACAGCGAUGAGCACAGACACCACAGCGAUGAGCACAGAAACCACAGCGAUGAGCACAGACGCCACAGCGAUGAGCACAGACACCACAGCAAUGAGCACAGAAACCACAGCGGUGAGCAGGAAGACAGGAAUAGCCGCGAGAAGAGAUAGUGACCUUCCAGCGAGAAUGCUGACACCGGACCUGAAGACAAACAUCACCAUACAGACCCACCAGUCUCCUCAUACGGGCCAAUAAACCCUCUACAGUUCCCGUAUUUUAAUGUUCUUAUGUUCGUCAUACCGUCGUUACUGUUGCCGGCACCACUGAGACCCCACGAACCCCUAAACAGAUCCCUGAGACCCCACGAACCCCUAAACCGAUCCCUGAGACCCCAGGAACCCCUAAACAGAUCCCUAAGACCCCACGAACCCCUAAACAAAUUCCUGAGACCACACGAACCCCUAAACAGAUCCCUUAGACCCCACGAACCCCUAAACAGAUUCCUGAGACCACACGAACCCCUAAACAGGUCCCUGAGACUCCACGAACCCCUAAACAGAUCCCUGAGACCCCACGAACCCCUAAACAGAUCCCCGUGAACCCAAUACCGGCCCAGGUACACUUCACUGGACCCCACAUUCACCCAGAAUGCGAAAAUAUCCAAAACAUUUGGUCGAAACAAAAGGGUGGUAAGCAACAGUUACAAAAUUAACAAUGAGCUUUGUUAGUGUAAUGGUUUGAGGGUGUUAGACAAAGACAGCUGAGUUGAGACACACGUGUGGCUUCAGCUAGCAGUGGUGACACACCUGUUGAGCUUGGUCACACCUGUUGAGCUUGGCCAUAUCUGCUGACCUGAGCCACGCCAGUUUCUCAUUAGGAGUUAUUUCAGAACGUGCUACCUAUAUUAUUAUUAUUAUUAUUAUUAUUAUUAUUAUUGCCAUCUAAACUAAGAUGAUGAUAAUUUCCCUUAUUUCUAAUGUUUUGUUGUUUUCUUCAAUUAAUAAAUAAACGAUGCAUUUUU